CACCACCACCACCACCACCACCAGAAUCAACACCAACACCAGAGUCAGCACCAGCAUUAUUAGAAUCCCCCACGGUCGCAACAGCGCAAAUGAUCCACACCAGCAUCAGCCAGAAUCAGCGGUCACGGGCCAUCAAUCAACUCCAGCGGAUACUCAAACAGGACGCUCCCUCAUUCACAAGAGCAUCAUCCAUCAUCCACGCGCUCCUCCUAGACGAAUCCCCGGACACCAGCCAUAUACGCGCAUACGUGUGCAUGCGCGCCCUCAAGCAGAGCCGAUACCCUAUAUCCACUAUCCCACGAUGUGUCCUCGAGUGGAUGAUCCCAGCGGUUCUGCGGCAUGGACGGUACGAUGAUGUGGUUUAUUUGGGCGCUCAGGUGGCGGAUACCGGGAUGGGCGCGGCGGCGGGGAGGGCGGUUUUGACAGCAAUACGCAGGCUGCAGAUAGUCCAGGAGCGCGAAACUCGCUGGAGGUUCAGAAACAGCAGCAACAACAACAGUGGGAUAAGGAGAGAGGGAACGUGGCUUCGCUUCGAUUCUGUUUUGUACGCCCAAACGCAGUGUCCGUUCAGACUUGAGGCCCAACGCACAGUGGACAAGCUAUCAGGCAAUAACACCAAUGGCGGGUUAGUGACAGCAGGCCACUUGGCCAAGCAGCUCGAAAUCGACAUGUCCUCGCUUCCACCAGAAACCCAGCUGCCUCGGGAAAUGCUCCCCUGGCUGCAGCCCUUUCUCAGCCGCAACCUGCUGCCAAACGUCCACGCGCUGACGAUCAUCCUGCACGCAUACGUGCGGCGCGGGGACUUUGAGUUUGCUCGGUGGGUGUAUGCGCAGAUGCAGGCGGGGGAGAUGCGGCUGACGCGGGCUGAUUACUCGAUCCAGGCGGUUCCCUUGCCGGCGCCCAACGAGAUCACCGACGCGCUGAUGGUCCCGGUGAUGCAGGGCAAGGAUUGGACCAGGGAAUCUGUGGUUUCGGAGCGAGAUGGGAAGAGCAUCGGUACAGUGCAGCGGUUGGUGACACGCAAGGUCGCGCAGAUGGUAGAUAGGGGCGAUUUGGGUGGUGCCGAAGAGGAAGCGCUGAGGGGGGGCACCGGUGCCGGCAAUGUGAGGGCGCUGGCCAAAAUCGCGUUGGGCCAUGCCCACGCGGGUAAUGCCGGGCGCGCGCUUUCAAUGUUCCGCAGCUCUUGUCAGGCGGUAGUAGCAUUGGGAUCCACGAAUGGGCUGCUUAGCUCGUCGUACUUCACUUCCAUGUUCAACUCUGUCCUGCGCGCAUCCCUCCAACCAAACAACACUGCGGGCUCGGGCUGCGCACAAGAGGUGCUGCGCGUGGCUCGGCUUCAUGGUGUUGUGCUGGAUGUGGGCUCAUACACGAUUGUUCUGGCGCGGCUUUCCACUUUGGCAGAGGCUGAUGUCUGCCAUGAUGGUGUUGUCAAGGAGCGUCGCGACCUGGUGGGUGCGGCGCUUGUUAUGCAGCGAGUGUAUGUGGAUAUGGUCUUGCACGGUGUUGAGCUAGACGAUAUGGCGUUGAGCUUGAUGGUGCCCCUGUGGGUGGUCACGGACAUGUGUGAUCUGGUGCUGGCCAACUGGCAUCACUGCACAAGGGGCCGUUCGCGCGCUAAAGCCGUCGAGGUGCGCCGACAUGUGCUGCACCGCGCUCAUCGCUGGGGCGUUGGCGACCGAACAGCGCAGCUGAUAGAUUAGAUCCAAAAACAAAAAAAAAAAGUUUUUUGUUUGCGGCAAGAAACAUCAAUGUAAAAAACUUUAAAUGUAU